AUGCGGAACUCUGAAAAGGAAUGCAUCUCAAUCGUAUCUCCACAUUCCAGUGAAAACUUAUUCCUGAACCUCACCAAUGACUUUGAGUUUGCUGGCUGGGGUUCUAUCUCUCAUCUCACCCUUACACCUGAAGAUAUAGAUCAGGGUGAAGUUGAACUGAAUUUUUUCCGAGAGCAGCAGGUUCUUGGGCAGUUUACAGCCAGUGCUCUUGCUGCGAAUGACAUACUUGGCGGCGUGUUCUACACUCUGCCGAGCGUUGUCGCUGUCGGCGGUGUCUAUUCUCCUAUUUCGCUAUUUGUGGCAGCUUUAACAUUAUUCCUGUGGCGUCCUGUCAUGGAAGAAUUGGCUUCUGCUCUUCCGAUUAGUGGGGCUCCUUAUACCUACCUGCUCAAUGUAUCUACAAAAUCUGUGGCUCUUUUUGGGGCAGCGCUCCUCCUUCUAGAUUUUUCAGCCACAGUAGUAGUUUCGGCUGCAACCGCGGCAUCAUAUCUUGCAGGCGAAGUCUCGCUACCCUUUCCAGUCUAUGUCGGUGCCGUCCUUGUUUUCGUGCUAUUCACUUUCGUCAGCCUUUCAGGCUUGAGAGAAAGUGCUCGCGUAGCAACUGGUAUACUGGCGAUGCACGCUGUGGUAAUGAUCAUGCUUAUUGUAGCUUCUGUCGUUGCUUGGGGGCGAGGCGGGAUGGCGCAGCUCAGUUCCAACUGGUCGUUGAGGCACGUUGGAUUAUCUCCAGCAGCUAUAGCCCGACAGGUGUUCAAUGGCAUAUGUUUAGGGAUGCUAGGGCUGACUGGAUUUGAAUGCGCACCCUCGUAUACGUCAAGGAUGAAGCAGAACUGUUAUCCCAAAGUUCUCCGCAACUUGCAUUUACCUGCACUUUUCCUCACUAGCGUUAUGAUGCUCCUUGUUGCAGGACGGUGGUUACGGAUAAUGGUCGUAGUUGACGCCGUUGUUGUACUUUGUGCGGGUGUACUUACAGGAAUUUUGAGCGCAUGCGAGCUCCUUGUUAAGCUGUCAUGCGAUUGUGUCCUUCCUCGCGUAUUCCUUGCUACAGUGCCAGCAACAGGCGCCCCUUAUGUCACAGUCUUUUCAUUCAUUGCAUUCAGCGCAUUAAUAUAUGCAAGCACGGGCGCAAACCUGGUUGUGAUAUCCCAGAUGUUUACGAUGGUGUGGUUGGCCGUUAUGGCGCUCUUCCCUAUCUGUCUCGUACUCCUCCGUUUCUCACGACCUCGACUUCCGCGUGCAUCCCAAUGUUCACUGUUUUUCGUUACUGGUGCUAUCGGUGUCGCCGUGACCGUAGCGGCAGGCAACGUGGCCAUCGAUCCUACCAUAGCAGGAUGGUUUGCUCUGUACCUCAUCAUCCUUCUCGUUCUGUUUUACAUCUCGCAAAAUCAGGUGACUAUGCUGCGAUGGAUAUACUGGGCGUAUGACCAGCUUCCCUGGCUGCAUAGACUGCGGCUUACCAAAGGGUGGGGUGACGGUCUGGCCCGGCGUAUGAGAAGCCUGCGUAGGCGGGAGGUUUGUUUGCUUGUGAAAACCGAUGAGAUCAACAACUUGUUCGACAUGAUUCUUUACGUCCGACGUAAUGAAGAAACGUCAUGUCUGAAGAUAGUGCACUUUCAUAGCGGAGACGUACCUUCCGAGAUGGAGGCCAACGCGAAAAUUCUGGACGAAGCGUUUCCUGAAAUCACUGUUGAUCUGAUGUUUAUUAAAGGUCAAUUUGAUCCAAAAAAUCUAGCCGCCGUAGCGCACCAUUUGAAAAUUCCGCGGUCUCUCAUGUUCAUGAAUAGCCCAGGUCCGAAUUUUCAGUAUCCUGUGGCAGAGCUUGGAACACGCAUCAUUUCGAUCUGA